AUGAACUGUCUCGCGCAUGGCGAUUUUUGCCGGAAACUCGAAGUCAAAGAGUUCCCCACCUUUGCGCUGUAUCACAACGGUGAACUGGUUGAACGGUACAAUGGAAAGAGGAGUAUGGAGGGUAUCAGCGAAUUCGUUGAGGAGAAGCUGGAACAGAUCAAGCCUGGUUCGCGGCCUGCCCAUGGUCUCCAUCUCCCCAAGCCUGGCGACAAGGGAGUGGAUACUCAGGCUCAGCCCGAGGCGCCCGUCGCCAAAGAUAAGGAUCGUGAGGCGGGCACCAAGGCUGGAGAAAAGCACAACGAGCAGGCUGCACAGCUGGCCGAGGACGAGACACCUGCAGACAAGGUGUCGUCCAAGUCCAAGCCUAAGCCCAAGCCGGCCCCAGCAAACCCCCAGGGUAUCUCUGUCCCUCUCACCGCGGAGAGCUUCCAGAAGCUGGUCACCACCACUCAGGAUCCUUGGUUCAUCAAGUUCUACGCACCAUGGUGCCACCACUGUCAAGCAUUGGCUCCCAACUGGAGGGAAAUGGCAAAGGAGAUGCAGGGUGUUCUCAAUGUGGGCGAAGUGAACUGCGAUGCGGAAUCCCGACUUUGCAAAGAUGCCCGUGUCAGCGCCUUCCCGACAAUGUAUUUCUUCCGCGGCGGUGAGAGGGUCGAGUAUACCGGUCUCCGUGGCCUCGGAGAUUUGGUCAGCUACGCCAAGAAGGCUGUUGAUGUUGGAUCCGGUGUACAGGAUGUCGAUGCCACCAUCUUCAAGGAGUUGGAGGAGAAAGAGGACGUCAUCUUCCUGUACUUCUAUGACCAUGCGACCACCUCGGAAGAUUUUGAAGCUCUCGAGCGCCUGACUCUUAGUUUGGUCGGCCAUGCCCGGCUUGUCAAGACGAACAGCGCUGCUCUUGCGGAACGGUUCAAGAUCUCGACCUGGCCACGCCUCCUUGUGUCCCGCGACGGUCGCCCCAGCUACUACAAUGCGCUUGCUCCUAAGGAUAUGCGGGACUUCCGCCAGAUUCUCAAUUGGAUGCGCACUGUGUGGCUGCCCAUUGUUCCUGAGCUCACCGCCUCAAACGCACGGGAAAUCAUGGACGGCAAGUAUGUGGUCCUUGGCAUCCUGAGCCGGAAGCACUCGGACGAGUUCCUUCAAUCGAAGCGAGAGCUCAAGAAUGCCGCCCUUGAGUGGAUGGACAAGCAGACGCAGUUGUUCCAGUUGGAGCGUGCUGAGCUGCGUGACGCUAAGCAGCUGCGGAUCGAGGAAGCCGAAGACCGUAACGACCAGCGUGCCUUGCGGGCCGCCAAGAACAUGCGCAUUACCAUCCGCGAAGAUGACAAGAAGCAAGUCGGUUUCGCUUGGAUUGAUGGCGAUUUCUGGGAACGGUGGCUGAGAACCACAUACGGCAUCGACGUCGAGAACGGUGAACGCGUGGUUAUCAAUGAUCAGGAUAACCGGCGCUACUGGGAUACGUCUUCCAGCGGAGCUUCUAUCAUGGCUUCCCGGACCUCCAUCCUUGAGACCAUCCCCUUGGUCAUCGCCAACCCACCGAAACUCACGCCCAAGUCCACAGUCGGUACCUUUGAGUCUGUCUUCUUCUUCACUCGGACUUUCAUUAGCGGUCACCCGAUCAUCUUCUUUAUCAUCCUGACGCUUUCGGUGGCUGGUGCUACAAUUGUAGCCCGGGGAAGGAGUCUCAGACGCGGGGCUCGUGGCGGAAUACUCGGGGUUACUGGUAACACCGGUGGUGGUUUCUUCAACCUUGAUGGAAAGGAAGGUCUUCUGAACGGUGGAUCGACCGGCAAGGUUGAUUGA